AGGGCUGGGGCAGGGGACAAGGACGCGGCUCGCUCGGGCUCUUCCUCCCUCGGCUGCCCCCGCCCCCUCCCUGCCCCUGGCGCGGCCGGGCCGCCUGCUUUCUGCCGGACGGGGACGGAAGGCGACACCCAUGAAGGAGAGAAGAGCGAGCCAGAAACUCUCGAGCAAGGCGGUCAUGGAUCCGAACCAGAACGUGAAGUGCAAGAUCGUGGUGGUCGGCGACAGCCAGUGCGGCAAGACCGCCCUGCUCCACGUCUUCGCCAAGGACUGCUUCCCCGAGAACUACGUCCCGACCGUCUUUGAGAAUUACACGGCCAGCUUUGAGAUCGACACGCAAAGGAUAGAGCUGAGUCUGUGGGACACUUCGGGAUCCCCUUAUUAUGACAACGUCCGCCCGCUCUCCUAUCCAGAUUCUGAUGCUGUCUUGAUUUGUUUUGACAUUAGUCGGCCAGAAACCCUCGACAGCGUGCUAAAAAAGUGGAAAGGUGAAAUCCAGGAGUUUUGUCCUAACACCAAAAUGCUUUUGGUUGGCUGCAAGUCUGAUCUGCGAACAGAUGUGAGCACACUUGUAGAGCUUUCCAAUCACAGGCAGACACCAGUAUCAUAUGAUCAGGGUGCAAAUAUGGCCAAACAGAUUGGAGCAGCUACUUAUAUUGAAUGUUCAGCUUUACAGUCAGAAAACAGUGUAAGAGACAUUUUUCAUGUUGCCACCUUGGCAUGUGUAAACAAAACAAAUAAAAAUAUUAAGCGGAACAAAUCACAGAGAGCAACAAAGCGAAUUUCACACAUGCCGAGCAGGCCAGAACUAUCAACAGUAGCUACAGAUUUGCGAAAGGAUAAAGCAAAGAGUUGUACAGUGAUGUGAAGGAUCUAGAUUUCCUUAAGAAGGAGGAAGAGACAAUGUGUUCAGGAAAGGUGAAGACUCAGUGAAGUACGCAGCCAACUGGCACAGAACAUCAGCUUAAGUCAAUACUUUAAAGGAUACUCUUCACCUUUUGUGUGUGACUGUAUUUAGGGAUUCAGAAAGUAAACCAAGCAAUGAAAACAGAUGGAUCUAAAUGAGAUGGUGUCAAAAAAUGUUACAUGGAAGAAAUGCCAAAAGAGGAAGAUAUUUGAAUGUGCUAAAAAAGCGAUGUAAGGGAAAGUAGCACCUCGGAGAAGAGAGAUGUCUUUGACUGUGCUUUGUUUGUUUUUCUUAAAGCUCUAUUCCUGGAUACUACUUUGAUUUAGUUAAAAUAAUAUUUUAAUGUUCCUUUUAAAAAAAUGAAUUACAGAUAUCAUUAAUAUACCCUCUUCAUUGAGGAGCUAGCCCUGUGACCUUAGAGUUUGGUUUUUCCAAAGGAUAUGAUCUAAUUUCCUACUGGCUCAUCAUUUAAAUGGAAAUUAUAUCAAGGCCCAUGGGUCAUCCCAGAGGAAAACAGCAUAUGAAACAGCUUUGAAGUCAUGCCUUCCUGAGAUGGCUGCAUAAGCUAAAUUUGAACAAGUGGUUAAUGAAGACCUUUGGAGAAUUACCAGUAUUUUCAGUGCCCUACCACAACAAACAUUAAAAUGAAAUAGAAAAAAGUACCUACCUGUUACAGAACUUUUGAAAAGAUUUUUUUUCUGUUCAUUGUGUGAUGGUAACUAAAGUGGUGAUGCUCUUAAUCUUUUAUGUUGACAUCCCUCUUCGUAAUGUCCCGAUGUACUGUAUGGAUAUGUCACUGUAGGCAAAAUUAAAUGAAAGGUGAUAUGAGUUACAGCAACAAAUAAUCAUUAGUUCAAAACACAUUUUUACAGCCUUAGUGCCCAAUGCUGUGAGAUCUUAAAAACCCACAAUUUCUGUAGUCUUCAGGAGUGGAGGAGCUUGGGGCCUUCUCAGUAUCUGGCCCUGCAUACAUAUAAAGGAGAAGUGCUAUUCUGUGAUGUGAUUCUCUGUAAUUAUACUUAAACAAACAUAGAAGUACACAGGUGAACCAGAAUAUCUAGUAUAUUAUACACUUUCACAGGGAUGCCUUGGAUGACUGUCUUUUUAGUACAGAUUUCAUUAUUCUCCUAAUGAGUACUAUGAGGAAAUGGGGCCUAUAGAACUGUGGCGCCUUAAAGGGUCCCCAGUGGAAACUGGAUAGUGCAUUAAUUUUAAAGGACUAAUAGGUGCAUAUCCAGGUGGUGAUUGUUAAAUGUUGGUCAGGUUUUUUUCACUUACUGAUUACUACUGUUACAUGAAAUAAAUCAGUCUCUAAAAUGGCUUGCAGAUGUUUAGUGACCAAUUAUCUUCAUGGCUUCUCUUAAAGGAUACUGUAAGCUCUGACUGGUUGCUAUAGCUUGUUUGAAGACAAGCGUUGUUUCCAAUGAUAAUGCUUCAUUUUUGAAGUAUUAAAGUGGUGUUCCCAUUAAGCUGUGGCAGGGUAAAGGACUUAGGAACUGAAUACACUCAAUGCCAUGUGUUACCAGCACUUUGUUUCUUCUCUGCAAGAAGAAAAAACUACCAUUCCAACCAUUUUCCACAAAAAGACACUUUACCACCAUAAUACUCUUCUGACUGAUGCAGCAGUAUGCUUAGGGCAGUAUUACAAAAUAGCUGGCCAAGUGCUUUCUGUAUUUAAGUAUUGUAAAAAGAAAGUAAGUUAUAACUGUCAUAAAACAGGAAUUCCAUUACUUUUUUAAUGUUGAAGUCACUUUGUAUGUUUGGUUAAUGUUUCUCCAGUAUUUAUUAAAAUAUCUUUUUUCCUUUGAAUAAAAAAGUCAGUGUAAAUGACCUCUGUACAACAGUUCAUUACAACUUGAGUGUACUGUCCUGAAAUACUUGGCAUGCAUGUUAAAGUACAUGCAUAUCUGCAUAGUGGAAAUCAAUCCUAGUUUCCUCUCACGGAAGUCAUUCUGCUUUGAAAUUAUGACAUUCAUAACUGUGUCACAUUUCCCGAAAGUUAUGGGUGGGCAGGGGAGGGGAGGAAACUUACGCAAGUUACAGCCUUGAAAUCAUUGGAUCCAUCUGUUUUUAAAGGAGCUUCUGAAUACAUGCACUGCUGCAUGUUGUAUGAUUGAACUUCGCAGACUUUUCCCCCUCCCUCCACUGCUCUUAGCAAUACUAAGGGGUUAAUAUAUUUUACUCUUAGGACACAUUCUUCAAUAGCUGUGCUGUAUUAAAUAAAAACAUAUUUUUCUUCAACGUUAGGCAGGCAUAUCUUCCCUUAUGACAAUGUUCAUUUUGCCAUUGGAAGGUUCAAUUUCCAAGUUUCCCUUUAUGGUAUUUCAGAAAUGCUUACUCCAGGCAGGUCCAUAAGAGUCUUGUUCAUUGACUACAAGGGUCAGAUUUCAUCCAGAAGGUUCCAAGCUCUGCGAGAGCAGCAGUUACCAGUAAUAUCUCUUAAUUCUUGUUCCUUUUAUUCUCAUUUCCUUUUAAUCUUUUUAUGCUGGACCAGUCAUAGUUGGAACAUCUCUAAUCAAGAGUGUUGUUCUGAACUGCAUAUAACAAGAAAUAAUCCAGUUCUCAGUUAUUUUGUCAAGUCCUAUAAAAACUGAACCAGGGACUUGUGCAAGUUCCCAAGGACACUCUGGGCUCCCAAGCUUAUGCUUGCUGGUGCUUAAAGUUCUUGAUGAGUCUUCCCUACCACCCUCUCCCCCUGCCCCCACCUUUUUCUUGGCAUAAUUGAUGCGAGCUUGAUAAUGCGUAAAAAGUGGGAUUCGUUCUGUUUUCUCUCAUAGUGAAUAAAAUACUGAAGCAGUAAUUAAUUACCAUGUAAAAAGAAAGGCUUCCUAUUGGUGAGAGAUUGUACUGGAUCUUGGUGGUGCAAUGAGGCCACAGAUGGUGGACACUUAGUAGCUUUAUUCAUACAUUGUGGUUGUCCAGACUGAGUACUCUUUUAAUCCAAGCUAUAAAACUUCCCAAAAUUAAUUCCUGUUUUGAAAUAGAACAUAUCCAUUUUUUCAAAAACAUCUGAUCUUGAUGCAAAAAUAUCCAGUGAUAGAGAUUCCAGUGACCACCUCUGUCAAAAAAACUUUGAGCUUUAUUUCUAGUUGAAUUUUAGCUUCAGCUUGCAGCUAUGUUAUAUCUUUGAUAGGUGGAAGAGCACUCUCAUGAAUUUUGUUUCCCAUGUGGGUUCUUAUAGAUGUGGUCAGGUCACCCCCUAAAUUUCUCUUUGCUAAACUGAUCGAGCUUCUUGAAUCUAUCACUAAAAGCAUACUUCCCAAUUCAAUGUCAUGGUUCCUUUCUUAAUCCUCUCCAAUUUAUCAGCAUCCUUCUUGAAUACUGGAGUCAAACUGGACCCAAGAUUCCAAGAAAAAUCAAAUCCAUGCCUAAUACAAGGUAAUACAACUUCUCUGCUUCUACCCAGAAGUCCUAGCUUGUAUAUCAAAGGAUUACAUUGGCCUUUUUGGUCAGUACCAGUAUGUCAUUGGAAGCCUCCAUUUAGCUGAUUUCUACCUCAAGUCCUUUUCAGAAUCACAGAGUUCCUCUCCAUCCUGUAACUAUACUUGUAUAUCUCAUAAUAUGUCUUUGAUGAUGAAAAAACACGUACUGCUUGCUUCCACCUGGCUUAACGAGUGAUACUGACUACUUGGUAUCAGUGACUUGUGACCUAACCCAGUUCCCAUGUCUUAUGAAGAUUUUAUCAGUAAUUGAAUCAGUAUCAUGAAAAAAAUGUUAAAUAGCUCAAAAUCAAGACAUUGUUCCAGUGAAACUUCAGUAGACAUACAUGUGGUUGAUGACAAUUCCCUAAAUACAAAUACAUUUUAAGGCCAAUCAAAAUAAUUGACUGGUUACUAAUCCAUUUAAUGUGUGGCACAUGAUUUUGUUUUAUUUUAGUUUCUUAAUCAAAAUGUCAUGCUGCACCCAGUCAAAUGCUGUACAGAGGGCUAAGUAUGUUACACUGGCACUAUUAUUCUUAUUUAGCAAGCUUGUAAUCUUCUGUAAAAAAAGAUAUCAAGUUAGUUUGUCAAGAUCUAUUUACCAUAAACCCAUUUGAUUGGCAUUAAUUAUAUUACCCUCUUUUAAUUUUUUAUUAAUCCAGUACCAUCUCAACUGUUCCAUUAUUUUUCUUCGUAUCAAUGUUAGGCUAAAAGGCCUAUAAUUACCUAUGUCACCCUGUUUACCCUUUCCAAAACCUGUCACAUUAACUUUCUUUUAGUCCAUGGGAAUUUCCCCAGCAUUUCAAUACUUACUGAAAAUCACAAUUAACAAUACAGAGAGCUCUCUAGCCAGUUUUUUUCUAAACCCCUUGAUAUAAGGUGUGAUUGGAAAAUAUUUCUUUAUCAUAUGAUAUGAAUAUAUCAUGUGUCUUUGAUAUAAAUACAGAACAAAAGUAUUUAUUGAAUAAUUCUGCCUUUUCUCCAUCAUUUGACAAUGCUGCCAUUUCCAUCCAGUACCACUGUUAGAUUUUCUUUAGUUUCUAAGAUAUUUGAAAGCCUCUUUAUUGUACUUUACAGGCCAUAGAUUUUGCUGUGUGUUCUUUUGCUUCCCUUGUUAAUUUUCUUUCAUUUCUGUAAUGAAUAUACAAUAAAAGCUAUUGGUUCCUCUCUC